AUGCCGCACGGAGUGGCUAAGCUCGGCAGUGCCAAAGGAUUGCAAGAGGAUUGGCCUGGUCCCACUUGUCCUCAGAGCAUUCUGGGCCAGGCGCUGGCGCCGGCGUCAGCUGAUCAGGCGGUGACUUGGAGAACGGUGCGCAGCGCACCACGCAAAUCGCCGUCUGCACCUUCGGAGGUGUUCCCCCGUGAGGUGGGUGAUCUGGAGGUGAAGAGUUCAGGCCUUUUGGAGUCGUGUUGCCACUUGACCAUCUCUUCGUGUGGAAGCUUCAUUGCGGCAUCCUUCGCAGACGGCGCAGCGGAUUUGCUGGAAUUCCCUACUCUCAACCCGCUGCUGCAGCUUCAACACGGCGAGCCAAGUGGACCUCGCGACAACGAGAAGGUUCAAAAAGCGUUUUUCGUGUGGCGGCCCACUGCGACACAGAGAGCUUAUGAUCAGAACCUUUAUGUAGUCAGCAGACUGCGCAAUCCCUGGGAGGCAGUCCUCCACGAAGUGUACCCCCUGGGCGAUUCGUUUGCCAAAGCGCCAACAGCCCAAUUCGCCCUGGCUCCCGUCUGCCAGGCUGCUGGAGGAGUCUUCACCGACCUCUGCGCACAUCCAUCACAACUGUACCUGGUUGCUUCGGCGGUGCUACCUUCGAGUGAUGUGAGGUCAAUUAUUCUUGUCUUCGACUUGUGGAGCGGAGAGCUACUGAAGUCUUGCCCGGUCUUCAACUCUUUGUUAGUGGCACCUCUGCUACCCCUGCAUCCAUCAAUCUGCUUGGAUUGCAGUGGCUCCUACAUUUUUUGCGCAUCCACACCCGGCCCGCUGGGCCCGAUCGAUUUGCAUGUCGGGCACGAUUCAGGUGCUGUGCCAAGCGGCUAUGCAUGCAAUGAUUUGCUGCACUCGAUCUGGCCUUCCUCGCAUGCUGAAUCGACUUCGUUGAUCUGCGUCGUCGACUUCAGCUCCGGCGAACAGUGCUACCAGGUGAGUAUCAAUGCUAACUGCAUUAGUCUGGGCUCUCCCUGGCAUGAUCCUGGCCAGCUUCUCGUCGGUGCCCGUGAUGGCACGAUUUCCGUGUGGCAGCCUCCGGUGGCCGUCUCCUCACGGAUCCGAACAGUGCUUCAGGAAAGUCUGGAG